AUGGCCAAUUCUGCUUCCCUCAUUUACCAUCACCUCCUCUUCUCCUUUCUUCUCAUCCUCCUUCAAGCCGCACCAUGUCCCGCUGCUGGUGGAUCGUGGUCCGUCCUCCUCCCAAGCAUUGGCAUCUCGGCCAUGCACAUGCAGCUCCUUCCCAACGACCGAGUUGUCAUGUAUGACCGCACUGAUUUUGGAAUCUCCAAUAUCUCUCUUCCAGAUGGCAAAUGUCGUCCCAACUCAACCGACUGCUCUGCUCACUCCGUCGAGUAUGAUAUUGCAUCGAAUUCCAUACGUCCACUUAUGGUACUCACUAAUGUUUGGUGUUCCUCGGGAACUUUGAUGCCCGAUGGAAGAUUAAUCCAAACUGGUGGCUGGGAUGAUGGUUAUCGUGUUGUCCGAAUUUAUAAAUCAUGUGAUUCUUGUGAUUGGCAAGAAAUACCAAAUGGUUUGAAUCAACAGAGAUGGUAUGCCACCAAUCAUAUCUUGCCUGAUGGCAAACAAAUUAUCAUCGGUGGCCGUCAAGCAUUUAACUAUGAGUUCUACCCCAAGAUGUCGACCACUGAGAACUCACCUAGUUUGCCGUUUCUGGUUCAAACGAAUGACCCAAACGUUGAGAAUAAUUUAUACCCAUUUGUAUUUCUCAAUCCUGAUGGAAAUCUGUUCGUGUUUGCUAACAAUCGUGCAAUUUUAUUUGAUUACUCCAAGAACCAAGUUCUCAAGACUUACCCAACAAUACCCGGUGGUCAACCAAGGAAUUACCCAAGUACUGGCUCGGCAGUUCUACUUCCUUUGAUGAUAAAAAACGGGACGGUAAAUACAGUUGAAGUAUUGGUUUGUGGGGGUGCACCAAAAGGAGCAUUUGUAAACGCAAAUAAUGGGAAAUUUGAUGGAGCCUUGGAUACUUGCGGGCGUAUCAAAAUAUCGGACCCUAACCCCCAAUGGGUCAUGGAGACCAUGCCUAUGGCUCGAGUCAUGGGUGACAUGUUGUUACUCCCCAACGGCCAUGUUUUAAUCAUCAAUGGCGUAUCCGCUGGGGUAGCAGGGUGGGAACUUGGAAGGAACCCUGUUCUCAGCCCCGUAGUUUACCAACCAGAUAACCAAGUAGGGUCUCGGUUCGAGGUCCAGAAUCCAAGCACAAAACCCAGAGUUUACCAUUCCACAGCAGUUUUGCUACGAGAUGGACGUGUUCUUAUUGGUGGAAGUAACCCGCACGAUAAAUAUGAAUUCACAAACGUCCUUUACCCUACUGAACUGAGUUUGGAGGCGUUCUCUCCAUCUUAUUUGGAUUCAAGCUCGUCUGGGUUACGCCCGCGAAUUAUCUUUCCUAGAAAAACCACUAGAAUUCGAUACGGGAAACGAGUUGUAAUUGUAUUUACUAUCUCAGGCAUUGUGGAUCCAAGCUCAGUCUCAGUGACAAUGGUGGCACCAUCCUUUAAUACACACUCGUUUUCCAUGAAUCAACGAUUAUUGGUGCUCGAUGGUGGGGUCGCUACCAAGAUUAGGGGGAAGUCGAGAUACCAAGUUGUUGUCACGGCACCGUCCUCCGGUAACCUUGCUCCGGCGGGGAAUUAUCUUCUAUUUGUAGUUCACAAAGAGAUCCCAAGUGCAGGUAUUUGGGUUCGAAUGCAGUGACAAAAUUUCACAGCGUUAUCAUUCUUUUGGUUUGUUGUGGUUGUCUUAAUCGUACAAUCCAUUGUUAAUCGGUUUGAAAUCUGAAUCAAUAAAA